AUGGCCUCCGAUCCAUCCUCUUCGCAGGUUACAUUCACAAUCGGCGAAAGGAUUCUAUGCUACCACGGCCCACUCAUCUACGAAGCCAAGAUUCUCAAGGCCUCGACAACGGAGCCAACGUUCACGGGGUUACACUAUUUCGUACAUUACAAAGGAUGGAAACAAACGUGGGACGAAUGGGUUCCUCUGAGUCGCGCCCUCAAAUAUACAGAAGAAAACCUCGCGAAGCAGAAAGCCUUACAAAAAACGAACACUCCUGCCAACCAAGCCGCUGCCAGCAAAGCAAAAAGUUCGCUCUAUCUUCACAUUAGUGCAGCCCGAGAUGGUGCAGGCACAACUGGGCCUUCAAGGACAGCUCGGAAAGAUGGCACGCGUGGGACAAAACGAGGUCGAGAUGAUGAUGAAAGCACGAGAAAACCCGAAAUGAAGCUGACUGUGCCGGAACUCCUCAAGGCUACACUUGUUGACGACUGGGAAGCAGUCACGAAGAACAACCAACUCGUCGACCUUCCGCGGAAACCUAACGUUGUGCAGAUACUAGCCCUGUUUGAGAAACAUGUCCUAGAGACCAGACCACCCGAGUUGAGGCAGCCGGAGGUCCUGAUACACACGAUCAUCUCUGGCCUCCAAGUCUACUUUGACCGCUCGUUGGGCUCACAACUGCUGUAUCGAUUUGAGAGACCGCAAUAUGCCGUGGUCAGGCAGACGUACGUUACUGGUGCUGAUGUCGAUGUCAGUAAGAUACCUGAGAUGAGCGCUAUUUACGGAGCGGAGCAUUUACUGAGGAUGCUUGUUUCGUUGCCACAAAUGGUCUCUGCGUCCCCUUUGGAUGCAGAGUCGGUGGGACUCAUACGAGAUUAUGUCAACGAAUUGCUGAACUUCUUGGCGGCCAACAAGUCAGAUCUGUUUCUGCUGGAAUAUCAGCCUGCAAGUUUGCAGUAUCAAAAUGUUUCCCGGUCAUGA